UAAUAUCAAAGUGCCCUUUAGUAACACCAGAAUAGCAGAAGUAGUUUAUCACACACUUAGGGUAGAUGCAGAACCUAAUCGCAGUGGUACGAAGAAAACCUUGGAGUUAGAUGGAAUAAACCUUGAAGCAGAAUUUGUGGGGAGUAAUAUAUCUAAUAUCAGAGUAUCGGUUGAUAGUUUUAUCGAAAAUAUACGUCUAAUUACUGAAACCAUUCAACUACUUGGUGAACCCAAAAGUAAAAUUUAUAAUUAUUUUGAAGAUGCCUGAACACACUCCAGCACCAACCCCAAGCAGAGCUGUCUAUGGAUUUGCAAUGUAUUUUAGUUUUAGGUUAUUUUUUUGUCUUUACCUCAUAUGGGCUGUAGUACCAGAGCAUUAUUUUAGAUCAUUGGGUAUAACUUGUUUGCCACACAGAUAUUGGUCAGUUGCUGUCCCAAUAUUUUCACUAACAGUUUUAGCUGCAUUUACCAUGGUAAUUUACCCCAGUUUGGGUCUAUGUAUGACUCCAGAUAUUGAUGAUUUAAGAACAAUAAGGGACAAGGUUGGCUGUAAGAAAAAUAUAAAAGCAUCUAUUAUUUUGAGUCCCAAAAUUGAUGGGAAGAAGUCAGCAGAAUGCUGCCCAAAUUCAGAGACCUGUUAUAAGAAAAAAUAUGAAAAUAAAGGAACUGACUCAAAUCAUAGGUCUGUUCCUGUUCUGAAAGAUUUAGAAAUUUGGGAAGUCUCAAAGGUUUUAUAUUUGAAGUGAAUUGUGCAGUUGAAGGUAAUAAAAGAAUAAAUAAGUUUUA